AUGUCUCCGACAACGCAGCACGAACCGGGGUCGCCCCGCGUGCCUGAGCCGAUCGCCAUUGUUGGAUCGGCAUGUCGAUUCCCGGGCGGCUCCUCCUCCCCGUCCAAGCUCUGGGACCUGCUCCGCGAACCCCGCGACGUCCUCCGCGAGCUGCCCCCUGAGCGCCUCAACCUGAACCGCUACUACCACCCGGACGGCGAGCGGCACGGGUCCACCAACGUCGCCAACCGGGCGUACGUCCUCGACGAGGACGUUGCCCGCUUCGACGCCGGCUUCUUCGGCAUCUCCCCGCUCGAGGCUGCCGGCAUGGACCCCCAGCAGCGGCUCCUCCUCGAAGUCGUCCACGAGGCCACCGAGGCCGCCGGCAUCCCGCUAGCGCAGCUCCGCGGCUCGCCCACCUCCGUCCACGUCGGUGUCAUGACCAACGACUGGUCGCACCUCCAGCGGCGCGACCCGGAGACCAUGCCGCGCCACACCGCCACCGGCGCCGCCGCCUCCAUCAUCGCCAACCGCGUCUCCUACGUCUUCGACCUGCGCGGCGCCUCCGAGACCAUCGACACGGCGUGCUCCAGCUCGCUGGUCGCGCUGCACUCUGCCGCGCGGGCGCUGCGCGCAGGGGAUUGCACGCGUGCGGUGGUGGCGGGGGUGAACCUGAUCCUCGACCCGGAUCCGUUCGUGUUCGAGGCGAAGCUGGGGAUGCUCUCGCCGGGGUCGCGCUCGCGGAUGUGGGACAAGGAAGCGGACGGGUACGCGCGCGGCGAGGGCGUGGCGGCGGUGGUGCUGAAGACGCUGCGGGAUGCGCUGCGCGAUGGCGAUGAGGUUGCGGGCGUGGUGCGCGCGACGGGGGUCAACUCGGAUGGUACGGGCGGAGGGGGCGGGUUGACGAUGCCGAGCGCGGAGGCGCAGACGGCGCUGAUUAGGAGGACGUACGAGGAGGCCGGGCUGGACCCGGUGGCGGACCGGCCCCAGUUUUUUGAGUGUCACGGCACGGGGACGAAAGCCGGCGACCCGGUGGAGGCGCGCGCGAUCAGCGAGGCGUUCGUCAAGGGGCACAGGGGGGAAGAGGGCGUGCCGACGGUAAAGCAGCCGCUGUAUGUGGGCUCGAUCAAGACGGUGGUCGGCCAUCUGGAGGGCUGCGCGGGCCUGGCCGGUGUGAUCAAGGUGCUGCUGAGCUUGAAGCACGGCGUGAUUCCGCCGAACCUGCUGUUCAACGAGCUGAACCCGGAUAUUGCGCAGUACUACGGACCGUUGAAUAUUCCCACGAAGGCGAAGCCUUGGCCCAAGCUCGCUCCCGGGGUGCCGCUCCGGGCCAGUGUGAACAGCUUCGGCUUCGGAGGCACCAAUGCUCACGCUAUCAUUGAGCGCUAUGAUGCCACCCAGAGCUACGUGGUAGCCUUGAAAGCAGGGAUCCCUCACCUGUCUCGCCCGAUAACACACCGAGACAGCAGUGACGUGUCCAUCCCGGCCCCGAUCCUUCUGAGCGCACGAACCGGCGGCGCCCUGUGGCGCACCGUCGACGCCUACGCGCGACACCUGCGCCAGCAUCCCGAGCUGAGCCUUGCAGACCUGAGCAGGUUUCUGCAUGAGCGACGCUCGACGCACCGCGUCCGCGCGCACUUCUCCGGCGCCUCCCGCGAGGCGCUCCUCGACAGCAUGGAUGCCUUUGUGCGGACGCACGCCGCCGACGCCAAAUCCGCGGCGACACAGGGCCGCAUCGGACACGCACCGCUGCUCAUUGACCCCAAGGAGACACCGGGCGUGCUGGGCGUGUUCACCGGGCAGGGCGCGCAAUGGCCCGCCAUGGGCCGCGACAUGAUGCGGGCCUCGCCGCUGUUCCGGCGGACCAUCGCCGAGUGCGAGGGCGUGCUGCGGGCCCUACCGGGGGACGACGCGCCGGAGUGGUCGCUGGCGGAGGAGCUAACGAAGGAGGCGCCGGCGUCACGGCUGGCGGAGGCGGCGAUCGCGCAGCCGCUGUGCACGGCGGUGCAGCUGGCGCUGGUCGGGGCGCUGCGGGCCGCGGGUUUGCGCUUCGACGCCGUGGUCGGGCACUCCUCCGGCGAGAUCGCGGCGACCUACGCGGCGGGCAUCAUCACGCUGCAAGGAGCGAUGCAGAUUGCGUACUACCGCGGCUUCCACGCCAAGUUGGCGCGCGGGCCGGCCGGAGAGGCGGGCGGCAUGCUGGCCGUCGGGCUCUCGCCAGCUGAAGCGCGGGAACUUUGUGCGCGGCCCGAGUUCACCGGCCGGCUGCAGGUGGCGGCCUGCAACGCCCCGAAGAGCGUGACGCUCUCUGGUGAUAAGGAGGUGGUGGCGGCGGCGAGGGAGAUGCUGGUCGCACAGGGCGCGUUCGCGAGGGAGCUCCGGGUGGACACGGCGUACCACUCGCACCAUAUGCUGCCGUGCGCGGCGCCGUACCUCGAGUCAAUCCGCAAAUGCGACGUCCAGGUGAGCCGGCCGACGCCGGGGACGUGUCAGUGGAGCUCGAGCGUGCGCGGCGACGCGGAGCUGCUGCGGGCGGACCGGAGCUUGGAGGAUCUCAAGGGGCCGUACUGGGUGGCCAACAUGGUGCAGACGGUGCAGUUCAGCCGCGCGCUGGAGGCGUCCAUCUGGCACGGCGGGCCGUUCGACCUGGCUGUCGAGGUCGGCCCGCACCCGGCGCUCAAGGGGCCGACCGAGCAGACGCUGAAAGGCGUGUACGGCUCCGUGCCCUUUUACACGGGCGUGCUUAAGCGUGACGCCCCCGACGCGGUGUCUUUUUCCACGGCCAUCGGUAGUGUGUGGGCGCACCUCGGCCCGGACUUUGUCGACGUGCCCGGGUACUGCCGGUCGGUGUUCUCCGAGACCGGCCACGACCAGGAGGGGCCGGUGACAUUUGUGCCGGACCUGCCCGCGUAUGCCUGGGACCACGAGGAGACGCACUGGCGUGAGUCGCGUAUCUCCAAGCGGUACCGCACCGGCCGCGAUGGUUACCAUGAGCUGCUCGGCCGGCGCGCGGUGGACGACAACGAGCGCGAGGUGCGCUGGCGCAACCUGCUGGCCGUCCGGGACCUGCCGUGGACGCGCGGCCACACCAUCCUCGGCGAGGUGCUGCUGCCAGGCGCCGCGUACGUGAGUAUGGCGCUGGAGGCGGGCCGGCGGCUGGCGGAGGACCGGGGACGGGAGGCCCGUCUGCUUGAGGUGUCCGAGGUGGACAUCCUGCGGCCGGUGGUGGUGGCGGACGGCAAGGACGCGACGGAGACGCUCUUCACUGUUCGCAUCCUAAAGGAGGAUCUUUCGACGGAUUACAAGUCCGGCGGGGGGCUGAUCAAGGCGUCGUUUUCGUUUUGCGUGUACAGCAGCGCGUCCAGCACGGCCAUCGCGCAUACCUGCGAGGGCCUCAUCGACGUGCACCUCGGUCCGCGCCUCGGCUCAGAAUCAGAGGAUGAAGGAAGCGUGCCGCAGCUCCCGCAGAGACAGGCGCCAGCGCCCAACCUCCAGGAGAUUGACUGCGAGAAGCUGUACGCCCAGUUCGGGACCAUCGGGCUGGAGUACUCGGGCAUCUUCCGGCGCAUGACCAGCAGCCGGCGGCACCUCGGACACGCCACGGCCUCUGCUUCGUGGGCCGCUGCGGACCUCGGCGACGCGUACAUGGUGCAUCCUGCCGUGCUGGACGUCGCCUUCCAGACCAUCUUCGUGGCCCACGCGCAUCCGGACAGCGGGCAGGUCAACGCGGCGCUGCUGCCCUCGCGCAUCGAGCGCGUCCGCGUCGCGCCAUCGCCCGCGAUGCAGCGGAUAGACGGCAUCCUCAGUGCGGAGGUGGACUCGUGGAUCCUGCACCAGACGGCGACGUCGGUGACGGGCAACCUGGACGUGCACGACGCGGACACGGGCGCGCCGCUGCUGCAGGUCGAGGGCUUCGAGGUGCGCUCCGUCGGCGAGCGUGACGCCGCCGCCGACCGGCUCAUCUUCGCCGAGACAGCAUGGGGCCCGGACGUCUCUGUUGCGGGCGGACUUUCCGAUCCGAUCCGCGACGAGGCGGCGGACGCGACGGUGAAGGGGCUCGCGGAGGCGAGUGAGCGCGUGAGCUUGUUCUACGCGCGGCGGCUGAUGGCGGAGCUGAGCGCGGAGGACAGGGCGAGGGCGAGCUGGUACCACGAGAGGCUGCUGCAGGCGCUGGAUCACCACCUAGAGCGGCUGAAGGGCGGCGUGCAUCCGCACCUGAGAGCGGAGUGGCUGGCGGACGACGACGAGGUGGUUCGGGCGAUUGAUGCGGCGUUCCCCAAGACGGUGGAGCUGCAGAUGCUGCACGCGGUGGGAAGGAAUAUGGCGAGUGUGGUUCGCGGUGAGAAGCACAUGCUCGAGGUGAUGAGGGUUGAUAACAUGCUGGAUCGCUUCUACGCGGAGGACAAGGGCAUGCAGCAGGUCAACAUCUUCCUGGCCAACGCUGUCAAGGAGAUUUCGUUCAAGUUCCCUCGGUGCAAGAUCUUGGAGAUUGGCGCGGGAACAGGUGCCACGACCAGCGCCGUGCUGCAUGCUCUCGACGAUGCCUUUGACACCUACACCUACACCGACCUGUCCGUCGGCUUCUUCGAGACCGCCAUGGAGCGCUUCGCCGACUCCAGGCACAAGAUGGUCUUUGCCGCUCUCGACGUCGAGAAGGACCUCGCCUCGCAGCCCGGCUUCGCGCCGCACUCGUACGACCUCAUCAUCGCCGCCAACGUCCUCCACGCCACCCGGGACAUGGCCGUCACGCUGCGCAACGUGCGCGCCCUGCUGCGCCCCGGCGGCUACCUGGUCCUCAACGAGCACACCGGCGCCGGCAGCCUCUGCGCGACGUUCAACUUUGGCGGCCUCGAGGGCUGGUGGCUCGCGGAGGAGGAGGACCGCCGCCGCAGCCCGCUGCUGUCCACGGCGCGCUGGGACGCGCAGCUGCGGCGCGCGGGGUUCUCCGGCGCGGACCACGUGGCGCACGACAUCCCGGAGGGCGGCGAGGGCGGGAGGCAGAUCUCGCUGAUUGUCAGCCAGGCGGUGGAUGAGCGGUUCUGGGCGCGCGUCUCGCCGCUCUCGGAGAUGGCGGAGCUGCAGGAGCAGGAGGAGGAGGAGAUGCCGCUGCUGUUGAUUGGAGGAAAGAUGACGGCGACGGCGAGGAUCUUCAAGGAGGUCCGCAAGUUGCUGCCGCGCCGCUGGAGGGAGAGGGUGCGGCUGGUGGACUGCGUGGACAGCCUGGACGUCGAGGCUCUGCCGGCGCGCUGCGACGUGAUUUGUCUGCAGGAGCUGGACGCGGCGCUGUUUGCCACGCCGAUGACGCCGAGGAGGUUACAGAUUCUGCAGACGCUGCUGAUGAACACGGCCAACCUCUUGUGGGUGACACAUGCCCAGACCUCCGGCUCCGCGACCCCAAGGGCGGCCAUGUUCCGGGGCAUCACCCGCGUCAUGGCCGGAGAGAUCCCCCAAAUCAACACCCAGGUCAUCGGCGUCGAGCCGGCUACGGUGCCUUCUUCGACCGCAAGACAUCUCCUCGAGGCAUUCCUGCGGCUGCAGUCCGAGCAUACGAGAAUCGCGACCAAUAGCGACGGCGACGAUGCGCAGCAGUCGGCUCUAUGGUCGCACGAGCCAGAGAUUGACAUUCUCCCGGACGGUACGGUCAUGAUUCCUCGCGUCAGGCUCAACAGGUCCCUCAACGAGACCUACAAUGCAUCGUCCCGGACAGUGGCAAAGACGGUCGACGCCAGCUGCGUGCCUGUUCAGGCGGUGGCCGGGCCGACCAAGAUGCAGCUACAGCCGGCUGAUGAACAAACCAGUCUUGCGAAUGGAACUGACUCUACGGUCCGCGUCAAAGUCGAAUUCACUCUACAUGUGCCCCAGGCGCCGGACGGGACCAACCUGUACCUCGUCUGCGGCUGGACCCUGCCUACGGAAGCCCCCGAUGGAACUCCAAAUGCGGUGUUGGCUGUGUCUACGGUCAAUGCGUCAAUAAUCGAGGUCCCCUCGGCGUCCGCAGCCGUGGUGGCGGACGAUGACAUGCAACCGGACUUGCUGCUACGAAUCUUUGACCACCUCGCCGCACAAGCCGUUCAGGUUCAGCUCAAUCCUACCGGGGAGCACAAGGCAAGGGCUCUUAUCUACGGCGCCGACGAAAGACUUGCCCAGCUCAUUUCGACACAGAGCACCUUCAGGGACAACAAGGUCUACUUUGCCUCCUCGCAGCGUUGGGUUCCGGACGACUGGAUCAAGGUCCAUCCUCUGUCCAGCAAGUUUGCCCUCAGCCAGGCACUACCCUAUGGCGUCCAAGUAUUCAUCGACUGUCUCGGUACUGGCGAGUCUGUUGACGGGCGCAAGAUGAUAGUGUCCUGCUUGCCGGCGGCGCGCCGAGUGCGCCGCCUGGAUGCCUCUCUGCUGCUGGAACUGCCGCAAUUCUCAGCAGCCCUUGCGAGUGCCUACUCCCAUGCCAAGUCAGUGACAUGUCCUGACGCUGGAGAACCGAGCCGCGUUGAUAGGUUCCAUGCCACAGAGCUUGCCGGCAGACCAAGCAACUCUUUCGCGAGCAGCGUUUACAUCACCAGCUGGCAGGACCUCGGCGCCGUACAGGUGGCCACGCCGCCGCUCGAGACCCAGGGCAUGUUCCGGAGUGACCGGACCUACCUCAUGGUCGGCGCGGCCGGCGGAGUCGGGACCUCCAUCUGCCGGUGGAUGGUCCGCAACGGCGCGCGCCACGUAGUCGUCACCAGCCGCACGCCCACCGCCGACCCGGUCAUGCUCGCUGAGGCCGCCCACCACGGCGCCGACGUCCGCGUGCUCCCCAUGGACGUCUGCGACCGGCUCGCCGUGCACGCCCUCGUCGACACCAUACGCGCGACCAUGCCGCCCAUCGCCGGCGUCUGCAACGCCGCCAUGGUCCUGCGCGACAAGCUCUUCCUCGACAUGGACGUCGACAUCCUCAACGACACGCUCGGUCCCAAGGUCGACGGCACCGAGACCCUCGACGCCUUGUUCUCAGACGAUGCGGCGCUGGACUUUUUCGUGCUGCUCGGCUCGGCGGCCACGGUGGCCAGCAAUGCCGGGCAGGCCAACUACCACUGCGCCAACCUGUACAUGGACGCGCUCGUGCGCCGGCGGCGCGCGCGCGGGCUCGCGGCGUCCAUCAUCCACGUCGGCUUCGUCUGCGAGACGGGCUACGUGGCGCGGCUGGUCGACGAGGCGCGGGCGCUGACCCAGCGGGAUGCGAUGCGCGUCACCACGCUCUCCGAGACGGAUGUGCAUCAUGCCUUCGCGCAGGCCGUCCGCGGGGGCAGGCCGGGGCGCAGCGGCGGGUCGCACAGCAUCGUGAUGGGCAUUGAACCCCCGAGCAAAGCCCUGGAGGCAGGCAGGAGCCUGGAGGCGGUAAGGCGCAAGGCGCUGUGGCUGUCGGACCCGCGCUUCGGACACAUGGUGCCGUACUCGACGGCGGCGAGUCAGACCGCCGUGGAGCAGAGCGCCGCGGCCGAUGCUUCCGCGGGAGGGGGGAGCGUGGGGCAGCAGGUCGCCGAGGCGAGUACGGAGGAGGAGGCGGCGGCGGCGGUGCGGCGGGCGUUUUCUGCAAAGUUGGAGGGUAUCCUGCUGCUGCCGCCGAGUAGUAUCGGUGAGGACGGCGCGGGAAGGCCGGUGACGGACCUGGGCAUCGACUCCCUGGUGGCAGUUGAGAUCCGCACCUGGUUCCUCAAGCAGCUGCGCGUCGACGUGCCGGUAAUGAAGAUUCUGGGCGGCAGUACCAUCGGCCAGCUGUCCACGCUCGCGGCGAAACUGGCACGACAGCAGAGUCCAAGAAAGGAGGGCCAGAUGGCAGGAAAGGAACAGGGUCUGCCAUCUCCAGAGACACAGGACAAGCUGGUUGAUGACAAGGAGCAGAAGGUUCAAGUCACUUCAAGCCUUGCCAAAGCCGACAGCCUCACUCAAGAGAUGCAGGCCUCGGCACAUUCGCAUUCGGACUCGGCCACCAAUCCCACACCCAGCAGCACCGCCUCCGAAGCCGACGACAGCAACAGCCAGUCCACGAGAAGCACCUCUACCGAGCCCAAGACGGAAGACAAGGUCUCUGCGCAUGUCCAACUCGAGCCAGCCACCGCAGACCACCAUCCCAAGAUCCUGCGUGAGGCGCCCAUGUCCGCCGCCCAGGCCCGCAUCUGGUUCCUCGCCGAGCACAUGGCCGAGCCCGACGCCUACAACAUGGUCUUCCACUACCGCGUGCGCGGCCCUCUGCACCUCGCCCGCCUGCGCCGCGCCCUGCACGCCGUUGCCGCCCACCACGAGUGCCUGCGGAUGAGCUUCCGCGCCGACCCACACACCGGGCAGCCCAUGCAGGGCCUGCUGGCCUGCUCGGCGUUCCAGAUGACCAUCCGAGAUGAGGGGGAUGUUGAAGAGGAGCUGCGGCGGCUGAGGACGCGGGCGUGGCGGCUGGAGCUUGGCGAGACGCUCGAGAUAGUCGCGCUACCCGGCGGCGAGCUGCUGUUCGGGUACCACCACAUCGUCAUGGAUGGUAUUGGGUGGGCUGUCGUGCUGGCGGACUUGGACAGGGCGUAUCGGAUGCUGCCGCUGGACAAGGCGGCCGCCGGGUCGCACGUGGAAUUUUCUGAGGCGCAGCGGCAGCAAGAGCGCGAAGGCGCGCUGGACGAGCCCCUCGCCUUUUGGCAGGCUGAGUUCGAGACCAUCCCCGAGCCGCUGCCGCAGCUCUCCGUGUCCUCGCCGCAGCGCAGCGUCGCUGCCGCGGGAACCCAUCGUGUCUUGCGCGAGCUUCCCCCGGCUCGGGGCGCGGCCAUCCGCGCCGCAGGUAGACAGCUCCGCGUGAGCCCAUUCCAUCUACACCUCGCCGUGCUGCAGGUCGUGCUCGCUCGCCUGGCCGGCAUCGAGGACGUCUGCGUCGGCAUCGUCGACGCGAACCGCGGCGACGCCCGCGCCGCGCGCAUGGUCGGCUGCUUCGUCAACAUGCUGCCGGUCCGGAACCAGGUGCGCCCCGGCGCCAGCCUCGCCGAGGUCGCCCGGGGCGCGGCGUCUAAGGCGCUCGCCGCGUUCGCGAACGGCGCCGCGCCGCUGGACCGUAUCCUGGACCGAGUGCAGGCGCCCCGGCCGGUCGGCGGCACGCCGCUGUUCCAGGCGGCGCUCAACUACCGCCCGGCGUCGGCGCUCAUGCACGAGGCGCCGCUCGGGGCGGAGUGCCGCAUGGAGCUCGUGCCGGGGGAUAUCAAGGACGCGGACAACCCGUUUGAGGUGAGCGUGCUGCUGUCGGAGCUGCCCGGUGGUGGCCUCGGGGUGGAGAUGUUCUGCCAAAAGGCUGUGUACAACAUUGACGGAAGUGAGGCGCUGCUGGACGCGUACGUAAACGUGCUUGGCGAUUUCAUGACAGACGCGUCGCAGCGUGUACGUGAAUGUGCAGUGUAUCGGCAGGCUGACGUCGAUGAGGCCCUCACUCUGGGGAAAGGGCCGGAGAUCAAGUUUGGAUGGCCGGCUACCUUGUCUGAGCGAGUGAUGAACAUCUGCCAAAAGAACUCUGCCAGAACGGCAAUCAAGGAUGGCUCAAUGACCCUUUCUUACGCCAGCUUGGCAUCCAAAGUCAACGACGUGGCCAGCGCAAUCGUCUCUGCGGGCUCCGGCGUCGGCUCCCGCAUCGCCGUUCUCUGCGAGCCCUCCGUUGACGCCAUCGUCGCCAUGCUGGCCAUCCUCCACAUCGGCGCAGUCUACGUUCCUCUAGACAUCAGCCUUCCCGAGGCCCGACAUGUCGCCCUCGUAUCCAACUGCACCCCCAGCCUCAUCGUCUGCCACAAGGCGACCUUGGAGCGCACGCACCGCCUCAGCACCCCCGGUUACGAGUCGGCUCAGGAGCUCGUCAUCGAUGAUCUGCCGCCUUCGUCAAAGCAGAUAGAUUCUGCGCCGCUCCGAGCCCAGCCAGACGCCCCUGCAAUCCUGCUCUACACGAGCGGCACGACAGGCACCCCCAAAGGCGUGCUGCUCACGCAGGCCAACUUUGCCAACCACAUUGCGCUCAAGUCGGCACACCUCGGCCUAGACCGGGACGAGGUUAUUCUCCAGCAGAGCUCGCUGGGCUUCGACAUGUCCCUCGUGCAAAUCUUCUGCGCGCUCGGCAACGGCGGCUGCCUCGUCAUCGUGCCGCCCGACGCGCGGCGGGACCCGGUAGAGCUGACAAGUAUCGUGCAGCAGCACGAGGUAUCACUGACGAUCGCCACGCCUUCAGAGUAUCUCGCGUGGCUGCAGUAUGGAUCGGGCUGCCUCGCGCAGGCUACGGCCUGGCGGCAUCUCUGCAUGGGCGGCGAGCCGAUCUCGCAGCUACUGAAGGAUGAGCUGCGUCGGCUUGGACGUAAGAACUUGAAGGUGACCAACUGUUAUGGACCGACAGAAACCACGGCCGCGGUCUCUUUCCAGCUCAUCGACCUUGAAUCGGACAGCUGCAGCUCACAGCUUGGUAGCGAAGUUUCUAGAUACGCUGUGGGCAAGCCGCUUGCCAACUACUCGAUCCGAAUCAUGGAUCCCGUCGGCGCAUGGCUUCCCGUGAACCACACGGGCGAGAUCGUGACUGGCGGUGCAGGUGUCGCUCUCGGCUAUCUCGGCCUAUCCGAAGAGACCCGGGCCAAGUUUGUGCAGGUCGACGGCGAGCCCGGCAGGUUCUACCGCACCGGUGACACGGGUCGUCUGCUCCCUGAUGGCACGCUCCUGUGCUUCGGGCGUAUCGAAGGCGACAGCCAAGUCAAGCUCCGGGGCCUCCGAAUUGAACUCCAGGAAGUCGAGGCCGCCAUUCUCCAGGCGUCUGAGGGUUUACUCCAGGCAGCAGGUGUGUCUUGCCGUGGGGACAUGCUCGUCGCCCACUGCACACUCUCUCCUGGCAAGGAAAGUACAGAGACUGACAAGACCGCGCUCCUCCGCCGCCUCUCCGAGGUCCUCCCGCAAUUCGCCGUCCCGGCCGCCAUCCACAUCGUCCCCUCACUACCCAACAACUCCAACGGCAAGCUGGACCGAAAAGCCAUCGCCGCCUUGCCCCUGCCCACCUCCGACUGCGCCGCUCAUGCAUCCAGCAGCGAGAAGAUGACCAUACAAGAAGGCGAGCUGCGUCUUCUCUGGGAGCGCGUGUUGCCGCGCGACGCCGCAGGAUCCCGCAUCACGCCCGCAUCCGACUUCUUCCUGCGCGGCGGCAACUCCCUCCUGCUAAUGAAACUGCAGGCCGCCAUCCGCGACGCCAUGGACGUGCGCGUCCCGACCCGCGCGCUGUACCAGGCGAGCACGCUGAGCGGCAUGACGCGGUGCGUGCUGGCGCAGCGCGAGCGGCAGCGGCGCGACGAGCCGCCCGCCGAGGACAUUGACUGGGCGGCCGAGGUGGCCGUGCCGCCGGAGCUGCUGGCGCGCGCCGACGAGCUCAACUCUUCGGCUGCUGCGGCUUCUCUGAGACCGCGCAAGACGACCGGCGGCCUGGAGAUCUUGCUGACAGGCGCCACGGGGUUCCUCGGCGGCCAGCUGCUGCGGCAUCUGCUGCGGUCCCCUGCGGUUAGCAGGAUACACUGCGUCGCCGUCCCCGCCGACGAGCGGGAACACCUCGAGGCCGGCUCGGAAGCCAACGGUAGCAGCGGCAAGGUCGCCUGCCACACCGGCAACCUCGCCGCCGCCGACCUCGGCCUCGCCGCCGCCCAGCGCGCGCGCCUCGCCCAGUCCGUCGACGUCAUCGUGCACGCCGGCGCCGCGGGCCACUGCCUCAACACCUACGCCACACUCUCCGCGCCCAACCUCAGCUCCACCAAGUCCCUCGCCGCGCUCGCGCUCGCCCGCUCGCCGCCGAUCCCGCUCUUCUUCGCCUCCUCUAACCGGGUCGUUCUCCUCACCGGGGAGACCGCGCCCGCCUCGCCGUCCUCCGUCGCCUCGUCCCUGCCGCCCGCGGACGGCGCCCAGGGCUAUACGGCGAGUAAGUGGGCCAGCGAGGUCUUCCUGGAGAGCCUCACCAACGCUGUCACAUCGCCGUGGAGGGUGUCGAUUCACAGGCCGUGCGCGCUGGUCGGCGACGGCGUGCCCAACACGGACGCGCUCAACGUGAUACUGCGGUACGCGGUGGAGAUGCGCUGCGUGCCGUCGCUGCCAAGGGAGCGCGCGAGGGGAUACCUCGACUUCGGCACGGUGGACGCCGUGGUCGCGGAGAUGGCCGCGGACGUGCUCGCGCUCGCGGACGAGGAGGAGGGAGGUGCUGGAGUGAGGUACAGACACCACUCGGGCGGCGUCAAGGUUCCAAUCCACGAGUUCCGGGCGCAUAUGGAUAAAAAGUACGGGGAACGGUUUGAGAGUGUCGACUUGGCGGCGUGGAUUCCGCGUGCGGUCGAGGCCGGCAUGGAUCCGUUGAUCAGCGCCUAUCUGGAAACUUUUUUGGAGACUGAUGAGCCGCUCAUUUUCCCUUAUAUGGGAGGGAAGUCAGAUUGA